AUGCUUCGUGUUUAUAUUUAUUCAGGUCCAAAAGAAGAAAGCGGUACCGACGAACGGUGCUACUCCGUCUCCAGUGACAGAGAUUCACCCAUUGGCCCAGAGCCUGUGGGCAGCGACGACUCAGAUCGUAAAACAAGUGAUUGUCUGACCGAUGACAACGAGGAUGCUCAGAACGUCUUCGACGAGACAACUGAAGCUGAUACCGCCGACCAAAACUUGGCUCGUAAGAAAAAGACCCGGACUGUCUUCAGCCGUAGUCAGGUCUUUCAACUCGAGUCAACUUUUGAUGUGAAACGCUACCUGAGCAGCUCAGAACGGGCCGGAUUGGCUGCCUCUCUGCAUCUGACCGAAACACAAGUGAAAAUAUGGUUUCAGAAUCGACGGAAUAAGUGGAAGAGACAAUUAGCCGCGGACUUGGAGGCAGCCAACAUCACUCAUUCCUCGCAGCGAAUUGUUCGCGUACCCAUCCUAUACCACGAGAACACCACGCCGCCGUCAGCUCUGAGUUUUGGGAUGCCGCAGGUCUCACCGCCUCUUGUGGGCUUUUCGAGCUCAGUGAACUAUCCCCUCACGUCCUUUGCCCAGUCCAUGAGUGUACUGAGGUCGCAGAUGACUGGCCUGGUUUAA